AUGGAGAAUCAGCCGCCCUUCGCCAGCAGAGGCGCGCCCGCAGCAUUUCCGCCGGCGGGACCUGUUUCGUGGGCGCAGGCUGUAGCUGGGGGCGGCGGGGUGACUGGGGGAGACGUGCAAGCUGCGACUGGGGGAGGCGGAUCUGCGCCCAGCAUCGUAUGGGGGGGAGGCGGAAGGUCGCAGCCGGCGAGCAAUUUAAAUUCGCCAGCUGAUUUUCCCGCGCUGACGUCAGCAAACCGGUCCCCAUCGCCGCCACUCCCCAGAUCCGCGCAGCAGUCCCCCUCCCCCCCGCGCGCGCGCCCCCCCGGUGGCGCCUCCGCCAGCCUGCUGGGCGACGCUGCUGCACUGGCGCGGCGCAGAGCGAGGUUUGGGGAGGUGGCGCCGGUGGAUGGCGCGGAGGAGGCCGCUGGGGGCGCGUUGAAGGAUGGGGGAAAGGGCGGGGAAGGGGGAGAAGAUUUGGGAGGGGGACGGGGGGGAGGACGGGGAGGAGGGGGAGGAGGGGGAGGAAUGGGGAUGGUUGCGGGCGGGGGAGGGGCCACGGAGGAGGGGGAGGGGGGAGGCGACGAGGCGGACUGGCAGCUGGCAGAGGCGGUUGUUGGGACGUGCCCUGACAUGUGCCCUGGUAUGUGCGUCUGUGCUGUUAUGCCCCCAAAUGUGCCCAGGCGUACAAGAGGAAGGCGAUGGAGUGCAGUGGGGGACGUUUGCAGUCUGUCUCAUGAAGUUCCCUUUCGCCUCUCUUCCCCUUCCCCCCACUGGCCACCCUUCCUUCGCCCACCUCCAGCGCAUGAGAGGGAGGUGCGGGAGCGCAGUGGGGCGUUGGACGUGUUUGAGCGCGUCAACGGGGACCGCAGCAAGACGAAUGCGCAGCUGGCGAUAAAAAAGCUCCCUCCUUCACCUCUCCUUCGCUCCUCCCCCUCUCAUCCCCUUCCCCACUCCCCCUUUCCCACUGUAACCGUGCUCUGUUGGAUGCUGGUGCACCUUCUUCCUUCCCCUUCCUCACCUUCUUCCCUCCCUUUCCUCCCCGUCCUCCCCUCCCUCCCUCGUCCCGGGGCCCGCCGUGCUCCCCUCCCCGCCUUCCCCACUCUCCUUUCCCCCGCAUCCCCACUCCCCCAGUAUUCCCGUGCGCCCAACAUGGACCCCUCGUUCAUCCGCCCCAUGCCCGUGCUCCACACCACCAUGGCGCACAUGCUCUCCCUGCUGCACCUCCCCUUCCCCCCCCCGCCCUCCGCGGCCAAGGGGGGCGCGGAGGAGGGGGAGAUGGAGGGGGAAGGUGGGGGGGAGGAAGCAGGGGGGGCGGGGGGGCCGGGGAUGCGGCUGCUGCUGCUGCACUCGUUCCUGUGGGAUCGCAUGAGGGCUGUUCGCGCUGACCUGCGCAUGCAGCACCUGUUUGGGCGCGAGGCGAUCAACAUGCACGAGCAGAUGGUGCGGUUCCACAUAGUGGCGAUGCACGAGCUGUGCGAGUACCCCAAGGGUGAGGGCUUCAGUGACGGCUUUGACGCGCACCUGAACAUCGAGCAGAUGAACAAGGCGUGUGUCGACCUCUUCCACAUGUACCACGACCGCCGUGCUGACCUCUCGCAUGCACAAGCGAUGGCGAGCGAGGGCGGGGAGGAGGGGGAGGUGGGGGAGUUGCAGGCGUGUUUGGCGCAGGAAGGGGAGCUGAGAGGGUAUUAUCUGCUGCUCAAGAUCGACCGCCAUCCGGGGUUCAAUGUUGAGCCGGCGGAGUUUGCGAGGGAGCUCUCUCUCCUCCCCCACAUCGUCAGGAGCAGCCCCCAAGUCGUCUUUGCUCGCUCCGUUGCAAGGGCGUGUCGAACGCACAACUUUGUGGCCUUCUUCCGCUUGGCUCGCCAGGCCACGUACCUGCAGGCGUGCCUCAUGCACGCGCAUUUCAGCAAGAUGCGUUCCAGGGCGCUGGCAGCGGUGUAUGCAUCCAUUGCCAAGGGCCAGCAGCUGCCAGCCCUCACACUCGCGCACUGGCUCGGCAUGGAGCAAGAGCCAGAGAAGCUGCAGGCUCUGGUGGAGCACCACGGCUUGGCUCUGCACCCCUCAGACGCCCCCGCAGAUGCCACCUACCCAGAUACAGCCUCCCCCGCGUCCGCCCUGCUGGCCGGGAGCUGCCUGGUGAAGGGCGCCCCUCUGGUGCAGGCGGGGACGCCCAUGCCUCCCUCCUCGUCUGCCCUUGUGCGCAGCAAGCAGAGCCGGUUUAUUGAUGAUGUCAUUGCUGAGAUGGGGCAGCUGAGACGGCUGCGCCAGCUGGCAGUCAGUGAUUGGCAGCUGGAGGGCUCCAUUGCUUCGCAGCCGACUGUGGUGGCAUCCAAGCAAGCCCCGCACAAGCGGUUGCGGGGAGCAGCAACAUGGGGAGCCCCGGCACUGGGCAAGGCAAGCGCCGACCGUGGGGUUGCUACAGCAGGUAGCCGGCCUGCCCUAGCAGCACCCAGUGCCGAUGGCCCCAGGUUCCUGCAUCCAUCUUCUUUAUGGGGGAAAGCCGGCUUCGCUGCUCCCACUGCCUUUGCUGCGCCCUCUCCCCUGGACGUGGCACGGCUGGUGGGCGGUAGGCUUGCGGGCAGACAAGUGCCAUCGAGCAGCGCUGGGCCGCUGCUGGGUGUGCGCCGAGUGGUUUCGUGGAAGCUGCUUGUGUGCUGGCCAGAGCGCGAGUCGCAGGACACGCCAUCACCAGUCCGUGACGCCACACACUGGCUCUGCAGCACCCUCUCUGCCCCCUCCCACGCCCUCAACGCCCUCCAACACCACACAGAACCACACACCACGCCUCACAGCAGUGCAGCAACCGCCCCGGUCCCCAACCCAGAGAAUGCCCCCACAUCUGCCUCGCAGCCCACUGACCCCUCAUUGCUCGCCUGUUACGUGGCUCCCAUGCCACACCGUACUGCAGCAGGGGAGGCAGCACCCAAGCUGCCAGGUGGUGCAUCAGGUGCUGCUUCAGGUGAAAUCACGCGAGCAGGAGGAGCAGGGUCAGUAUCCGACUCGCUUUUCUGGCUCGUGGUGAGGAGGGUCUCGGCAGAAGCGCAGGGAGGGGAUGGUGGAAGGUUCCUGGAAGGAGCCCAGGCGAUGGUGUGUGUUGUGGAUGGCAGCAGCAAUGCAGGGCCCCAGGUGCAGCGCAUCAGACAGGCCGUGGCGUCGCUCCCGACCUCCCUCACUCCCAUCCCCCUGCUGCUCCUCGUCCUGCCUCCCCACCCGCCACCACCAUCAUCAGCAGCAGCAGCAGCAGCAGCAUCCAUGUCUCUCUGCACAGGCCCCUGUGCCCCUGUGCCCGUUCCCUCCUCCUUCGCCUCCCUCACCCUCUCCCACUUCCAACCCCCCUCCACCCGUCCACCACCCUCUCGUUCCUCCCCUCCAGCCCCGCGCCUCUCUGCUCUCCGCAUCCUCCCUCUUGGCCGAUCUACUCCCCCUCAACCUGAUGACCUGGCUUCUCCUGAUUGGCCUGCCAAGAUUGCCCUGACAAGUGGCCUGCGGUGGUUGGCCGAUUCCUCCCCUCUGCCACCUCAGCUUGCUCCAAUCCCCCUCCGCGAUCUCGUGCUGCGCCACCUGUCGCCACGUGUCACGCGGCUAUUGGCCGUGGACCCCUCACUGGUGCGGCCACAGGAGUGCAUCACUGAGUUCAACGCCAGCCUGGACAGCGCGGCCAAUGACGUUGCGACAGCUGUCGCGGCCUCACCCCCUGGCAGUGGAACCCCUCUGCCUGAACUGCCUGCUUUGCUGCAGCUGAUGGGUGGACGUAAGGGUGGGAGACAAAGGGAGCUCAGCGGAGAAAGCGGGGGCAGUGAAAUGGGAGAGAGCAGAAGCAAGGCGGGCAGUGCAGCUUCAGAGGCAGCUGGUAGACUAGAGGUCUCUCUGCUAUCCGCCUCUCUGCCUCCUAUUGACUGGAACAGCCCUUCUCGCACCUCCCGCCUUACCACUGCCCUCUCCUCUCUCCGCCUACCCCACUUCCCCGCCCUCCACCUCUCCUCCCCUCAGCAACCCUCCCUCACCUCCCCCUCCUCAUCCCCUUCACCCACCCUCUCUCUGCCGCCCCACCUGUCCUCUCUAGCCCCCCAGCUGCACCCCCAGCUGGCCCCGCUCUUGACCGCACUCAACUCCUUCCUUCGCCUGGUGCAGGGCGAUCAGACCUCCCCAGUGCUUCUGGCGCAACAACUGCUGGCAGAGGGGUGUGGAGUGGUGUGGAGGAGUGGGGCGGAGCAAGGUCAGCCCGGGGAGCAAGGAGGGGAGCAAGGGGGUGCGGGGAGUGCGAGGAGUGCAGGGAGGUUGUGUGCGGUGCCAGUGUGGCCGCGCAUUCUUCUCCCUGUGUUGAUGCGUCGCCUGGAUGCUCUCUUCUCAGACCCUCCCCUCACCGCCUUUGUCCUCGCACCCUCUGCUCCUCCUGCUGCUCACGCUGCUCCUCAUGCUGCUGCUCUCGCCUCCCUUGCUCCCUUGAGCCAAUCCACUGCUGUGGUGCCAGCAGCUAUGGCAGUGGAAGGGGGUGUAGAGGUUGGAGCCAGUGCGGUGGAAAGUGGUGCAGUGGGGUUGGGCAGCAUGCUGCCUGUGAGUGCGCUGACGAGGCAGGAAGGUCUCGUUGGGACGGGUAUGGCAAGGGAGCUCAUCAGAACCAGUGGCAGUGCGUGGGUGGGUGGUGCUGCUGCAGCGAGCGCAGCAAGCGAGGGUGUGAUGGACGACAAUUCAGAGGAAGACGGGGGGAAUGAGGUGGUGUCAUCAGCAGAGCUCCCCCCUUUGCUUGCAGCCCCAGCACCUCCUUCCUUGCCAUACAGGAUUGAGCCAUAUCAAUCUUACGUUAGCAGCAAAGCAUGGCAUGCAAGCAGUGUGCCUAUACCCGGUCUCCCCACGUCCAUCAGCCUUCUCCGCUCCUCCGCCCCUUCCUACGCUGCCGCGGCUGCUUUGGCCCCUCACACCUCUCUCCUACCAUCCCGACCCACCCCCUCCCCUUCACCCUCCCCUCCCCCUCCUCUGUUGCAGCUUCCUCAUCCAUCCACCCAGGCUGCUCACAUCAACCAACCGCCCCCACACUCCCACCUGCUUCCAGCCUCACACCACGUGCCCCUUUCUCUCUCCCGCACCAAUCACGAGCUCUCUGGCCCCAUCCUGCCUGUGCCAUCCCACAGCCAAUCACAACACAGCCUUGCCCGUCAUCCACCACUUCCUCUUUACAAGCCCGGCUCGGGUUCUGUUUAUAAGCCUGCCACUCAGCACGGGUGGGAGCGUGGAAUCCAAGUGAAGCGAAAGGCACCGGCAAAUGCAUGGAGUGAUGGGUAUGGCGGUGGUGGGCGUGUGGGCCGUGGGAGUGGGAGAGAGGGUGAUGAAAGAGGAGAGGGUGAGGAGAGGGGAGGCGUGGAAAGAAAAGGAAUUGAGAGAGGAUGGGUGGAGAGCGAAGGGAAAGGGAGAGCGGAGCAUUGGUUCGGCCCAGGAGGCAGGAGGCAGCAGCUGAGGCUGGCAGAGGCUGAUGGUCUGGUAGCCAAUGAGAUGCUGCCACGUGGCAUUGUGCGAGCUGCUGACGUGGUUGCUGCAAGUGGUGCUGGUGAGGUUUUUCCACCGGCUGAAGAAGCGGCCAGAUUGGGCAGCCGAGUUGGUGAUGCGGGUGAUAGGCAUGCAAGCGGCAUUGCUGUGGGUCUCGGUGAUGGUGGUGGUGAUAAGGCAGAAGGGUUGCUGAGCGCAGGCGCAAACGAGCGAAGAGUGAGAGAGAUGGUGGAGGAACUGAUGAAAAGGAGACAGGUGACAGCAUGA